AUGAGAAGAAUACGGAUGGCUACUACCAUUGCUGUGGAUCCAAGUUUAAGCAUGCAAAUUGUGAGAGGCGGCUCGAAUCAACACGGUGCUGUGGUUGAAGAAAUUCAAGGACUGAUUAAAGUGUACAAAGAUGGACAUACGGAGAGACCACAAAUUGUUCCAUGUGUUAGCCCGACAUUGCCUCCGGUGUUUGGUGUGACGACGAAAGACUUUGUCGUCGACGAGUUCACCGAUGUUUGGGCACGUUUUUAUGUUCCAAAAUCGAACGGGAAGCUCCCUUUGGUCGUUUACUUUCACGGUGGAGGGUUCUGUGUUGGCUCGGCUGCUUGGAGUUGCUACCAUGGUUUUCUAGCAAAACUAGCUGCCGAAGCUCGUUGCUUGAUCGUCUCGGUUAAUUAUCGGUUAGCCCCCGAAAACCGACUUCCGGCUGCUUAUGAAGAUGGGGUCAAGUGUGUUACGUGGCUAAAACAUGAAGUUGUAAAAGGGUCAAGUGAAUGGUGGUCUAAGCAGUGCGAUUUGAGUAGCGUCUUCUUAGUCGGUGAUAGUGCUGGUGCCAACAUUGCACAUAAUGUGGCAACGAGACUCUGCUUUGAUAAUCCUUACCCUUUGAUUCUCAAAGGCAUUAUCUUAAUACAACCGUUCUUCGGAGGCGAAACGCGUACUGAAUCCGAAAAAAACACGGUCCAAUCUCCUCGGUCUUCCCUCAGCUUGUCGGCUUCCGACACAUAUUGGCGAUUGGCAUUGCCGUGUGGUGCCAACCGGGACCAUCCAUGGUGCAAUCCGUUGGGAAAAGGGUCGGCGAAAAUGGAAGAGACGAGGCUUUUGCCGACCUUAGUGUGCAUAUCGGAGAUGGAUAUAUUGAGGGAUCGGAAUCUGGAGUUUUGUGGUGCUUUGGCUAAAGCAGGGAAGAAGGUGGAACAUGUUUUAUAUAAAGUUGUUGGCCAUGCAUUUCAGGUUCUUAGCAAGUCUCAAAUCUCACUAACUCGAACCAAUGAAAUGAUUGCUCAUAUCAAGGCCUUCGUCUCUGCUGAUUAUUGUCCUCUGUAA